AUGUUGGUACUUUUUGAGACAGCAGCGGGCUAUGCUUUAUUUGAAGUAUUAAAUGAAGGGAAAUUAGAAGACCCAGAAGAGCUUUGGAAAGCAUUCGAGACACCACAAAAUGCUAGCAAUACAAUCAAAUUAAAAUCUUUCAAAAAAUUUGAGAAUAUGGCGUCUGCGGUAUCUUCAAUAAGCGACGUAUUAGAAGGAAAAUUAUCUGAUGAUUUAAGUAAUUUUUUAAAAGAAACUAUCAAUGAGACAUCAAUAAGGAAGGAUAAAUUAAUUGUAGCCGAUCCAAAGCUUGGCGCUUCUAUUAGUAAGAAACUCGGCAUUCAAGUUCUAUCAGAAAAAAUUGUUAUCGAUCUAUAUCGUGGAAUUCGUGAAAACCUCGAUUCAUUGAUUACUGGCAUUAAUGCUGAUGAUAUAUCGUCUAUGGCAUUGGGACUUUCACAUUCUUUAUCUCGUCAUAAACUUAAAUUCUCUCCGGAUAAAGUGGAUACAAUGAUUAUUCAGGCCAUAGGAUUACUUGAUGAUUUGGAUAAAGAAUUAAAUACUUAUGCCAUGAGAGUUAAAGAAUGGUAUGGUUGGCACUUUCCAGAAAUGUCAAAGAUAGUGGUAGAUAAUCUUGCGUAUGCCAAAGUAGUUAAAGCCAUUGGUUUUCGAUCAAAUGCCCAAGAAUGCGAUCUUUCUGAUAUACUUCCCGAAGAACUGGAAAAGGAAGUCAAAGAAGCGGCAGAGAUAUCGAUGGGAACUGAAAUUUCUGAUGAGGAUAUUAAUAAUAUUAUAAUGGGUUGUGAUCAAGUAAUAAGCUUAACUGCCUACCGCGCAGAACUUUACGAUUAUCUAAAAAGUCGCAUGAUGGCAAUUGCUCCAAAUUUAACCACUAUUGUCGGAGAGUUAGUUGGUGCUAGAUUGAUUUCACAUGCCGGAAGUUUAAUAAAUCUUGCGAAGCAUCCAUCAAGUACAGUCCAGAUUUUAGGAGCUGAAAAGGCUCUGUUCAGAGCUUUGAAAAACAAAAAUGCUACUCCAAAAUAUGGUCUUAUAUAUCAUGCAAGCUUGGUUGGUCAAGCUAAUCCUAAAAAUAAAGGAAAGGUUGCACGUAUGGUAGCAUCAAAGUCAUCACUAGCUACUCGCUUUGAUGCAAUAGCUGAUGAAAAGGAUUUGAUGGCAGAACUAGGUAGCACUUGUCGUAAAAUGAUCGAAUCACGGUUAAGAUUUUUAGAAAAAGGAGGUGCUCCUGUAACGACUACUGAUAAACGGAAAAAACAACAAAAAUUUGAACUUAUUUCAACGAAGCCACAAUACAAUCCUUAUGCUGAUAUUGCAAAUGAGCCUGUGGAAGCAGGGCCGUCUGGUACAAAAGCAAAAGAGUCUGAUGAUAGCGAUGACAGUCAAAUGGAAGUCGACUCAGAAGAUACUGACAAUGAUCCAUUAUCUAAAUCUGAAGGAAAGAAACCAGUUAAAGAGCGAGAAAUCAAAGAACAACCAAUGCAAAUUGAUGAACCC